GCGUGUGGGAACCCGAAGGUACGGGAUAGUAACCCACAGCCCCACUUGCUCCGGCAUGAGCAGUCGAGUGCGGACCGAGGCGCUGCGCGGGGAACCCCCUCUUAGGGUGCCUGGCGACCCCUACUCCGUGGUAGUUCUACUGCAGGGCUACGCGGAGUCCGAGGGGGUCGGCGACGCCGUGCGUGCGGACGGCUCUGUAACGCUUAUCCUGCCCCGGGCCUGGGGCCAGGCCUCCAGCCACCGAGCACCCCUGCCCGAGGGCGGCGAGGCGAAGACCGCCCUGGAAGAAGCAGCUUGUGGCCCCAUCCUCGUGGACACCGGAGGCCCCUGGGCUCGGGAGGUGCUCCUGGUAGCCCUGGCGGGGCAGGGCGUGGCCCCCGCUGACGUGACUCUGGUGGUGGGGACCCAUGGACAUUCGGAUCAUAUCGGCAAUCUGGGGCUGUUUCCAGGAGCGGCUCUGUUAGUCUCGCACGACUUCUGCCUUCCCGGGGGCCGCUACCUACCCCACGGGCUGGGUGAGGAGCGGCCCCUGCGGCUGGGGCCGGGACUCGAGGUGUGGGCCACGCCUGGCCAUGGGGGCCAGCGGGACGUGAGCUUGGUGGUGGCGGGCACGGCCAUGGGCACCGUAGUGGUGGCGGGCGAUGUGUUUGAACGCGAAGGGGACGAGGACUCGUGGCAGGCCCUCAGUGAAGACACGGUGGCUCAGGAGCGGAGCCGGAAGAGGGUUCUGGGCACUGCCGACGUGGUUGUGCCUGGUCAUGGAGCCCCCUUCAGGGUUUUCAGAGAAGCCUGGAAUCCAGAGACAGAGGUCGGAAACAAGGAUCCCAUUAUGCACCAAUAAGCCCCUGGAGAGACUGGGGUCCUGUUAGGGAAGCCUCCCCCCAGCCAAGGCACUGACGUCUAGAAUCGGAGAAGACCCGGUCAGCUGGAGUCAGAGGAGUCAGGGUGGUCACUUCCAGCCUUUCCAGGAGGCUGGUUUUCCAGUGAGGACAGAGUGCUUGUGCCAGUGCUGUGACCAAUAUCACUAUUUCUGUAACCAAACUAGGACCAAGGACUGGAUCAGCUGUAUGCCACUUCUGGGGGCUUCAUGAAUAAAAUAGGAGAAUGUUCUUGGGAGAGUUGUCCCAAAUAAAAAUAAG